UUUUAGUAUACAAACAUUAGACCUGAAGCUGUUUGUCAUAAAGACGAAGUUUUAUUUCUUAUGGUUUGUUGGGUUUAAAGUAGAGAGAAAUAAAAAGACAAGAAGAAAGAAGAAACGGCAAGAAAAGAAAGAAAAAGGCAGAUAAAAGCAAAGAAAGAAACUAUAUAAAAUCACAAUAAUUCUACGAACAACAUGCUGCUGGUUCAUCUGCUGAGGUUAUUGGGUCUGCUGGCUUUGUCAUCUGUGAUCACCUAUGGAUUAAAUUCACCGAAUAAGGUACAUACUAUAGGCAUCCUCGUUGAAAAGGAGCUCUCCUGGAUGGUAAUGUCUUCUCACAAAAUACUAAACACCAGCACGUGCGAUGCCGAUACUUGGCAGUUAGGAGCUGUAAAAGUGGUGCAUGACGUCUUUCAUAGCAAUGAUUUGCCAAGCAUGCAGAACUGCAUUGCAAAGAUGCAGUCAGAAGAUGUUGCAGGAAUCGUAGUAUUAGCCAUGUGUGACAACCAACUCUUGUUACAUCAACUUCUGAGGCAGAAAAAUAUUCCUCAUGUCCCAGUUCCUUCGACAUAUUGUUACCGCGAUCAUUUCGAGGAAGGUCGCUCCCCGUGGCGCUUACGUCAACGCGCUUCGACGUUGAGCCUAGUCAUAAAAGACACUAUCAAAGCACUAAAUUUUCUUUCCAUUAAAGAGAUUAUCAUUUUUACAGACGGAACUUACAACAUCAAUCAAGCUAGUGUCAUCUUACAGAGUCUUUCUGAACAAAAUAUUAGAUUUAUGGCUUACCAAGUGAACUAUACCAAUGCCAGCUAUAAAAGUGUACUGGAAUGGUCAAAGAAAUCCAUUAAACGAACUUACUUUCUACUGUUGACCUAUGGUCAAGGGUCAAUGGAAAUACUAAACUGUGCAAGAGACUUGGAACUAAUUCGUUACAACACAUUUUGGAUAAUUGGCAACUUGGACAUGAAUAUUGAGGAGUUAAAAACUCUUGAACUGCAGAAUGUUCGAGCAAACAUCCUCUAUAUAAAGAAGCCUUGUAUUUCUUCGUCUGUAGGUAUAUCUGGUGAGCAGAAUGGAUUUAAUAUAUCAGUAAGUAGACAGACGUAA